UGCGUGUUAGUGUGCGUGUGUGCAUCUUGAGAGGAGAAGCUACCCCACACACGAACACACACACACGCACACACACGAACAAAGUAAACAAGAUAAUACGAGAAAAUUACUUAAAACGGAAAAAAAAAAAACUUACACAGCUUAUACGUUUAAAUGCACACAUGUAGACGUAAAAAAAAAAUCACACACACACACACACACACACACACACACACACACACAGUCCUGACAUGGUGGCCACAGUCUCGCCUCUCUCACCACUGUCCCCGCCUCCAGUACUUACGGCAGCGCCUCCUCUCUUUCUGCUGCUGAGGACCAUUGCUGCGUGUCAGGUUGCUGAGAGUGUCGCCCCGUUGAUGAGAGUGGAGGAAGGCUUGACGGAAGGGUGGCAAUCGUUGGAAGAAAGGUGGCGAGGAGGAACCGACAGGGAGAGUAAAACAGAGGAGGGAGAAGAAGGGAACGACGUACUGAUGGGAAAGAGGAUGGAAACGAAGGCUGAGAUGAUGAGGGAGGAGAAGAGAGGUAAACUGCAGAGAAACGAGCAUGGAAGUGAGAGGGAACGAAGCACGGGAAACCUAAACAAAGCAGUGACUCAAGCGGGGAAAGAAAACGGAGGCAGGGACGAGAAUCAGUCGAGAAACGAACGAGAAGAGAAGGAAGAAAACGAGAGGAGAGACGCAGACCACGAUACUAACCUUGAUGAAGUGAGUUACGGGGCGGAGGAAGAGGCGGAGGAGGAAUCGAACUCUGGUCUUAUACUCUUCAGCGCCUUCCACAGGAGAACCAAGAGGGAGGUGCGGCGGAGCGGGGACGCGGGGCAGUGCGGGGCAGGAGGAAGGGGUCACAUCUACCCCAACAUCACCUCAGCAGUCGUCCUACGCAGAAAUGGGGGCGCGUUGCUACACCCGGGCAACGGCGGUGACUUCGGCAAGUGGGGCAAGUACGAGAUGUGUGAACGCGGAACCUACGCAUACGCCUUCCAGCUCAGGGUGGAGGAGCCGCUGGGCAUCAUAUGGGACGACACGGCUCUUAACAGCGUGCGUCUGUACUGCCGGGCCCCCACGAGUCAGGCUUCGGCGGGGAGCGUCACUUCGGGGUACUGCUGGGGUGCCUGGGGAGAGCCAAGGGCGUGUGAACCCGGCGCCUUUCUAUGGGGGUUGCGGCUGUGGGUGGAGGAGCCUCAGGGGCCGCUGGACGACGUGGGCGCCACCGACCUGGACAUGGUGUGUCAGGACGGCAGCGCGCUCAACGGGGGCGGCGUGUGUUGGGGGCAGGACAGCGAGUGGCUCACCUGCCCCCACGGCUACGUGAUCUGCGGCCUCCGGACCCGCGUGGAGAGCAACGCCGGGGUGAUGGGGGACAACACGGCCCUUAACGACCUCAUGAUGAUGUGCUGCGAGCUGCACUGACACACACACACACACACACACACACACACACACACACACACACACACACACACACACACACACAUGAUAAAUGAAAACGAAGAACAAAGAAAACAAAUAAUAAUUCUAUGGCAGCUUGUCUCAGGACCUCGUUUUAACCUCAGGAAAAGAAAAGGAAACUGGUGGCAGGAAUAGACGAACGAGUUGAUGAACAGAUUAACGGGAAUAUAACACAGACGUGUCAGCCUAGAGCGAGGACACACUUGGCCCCAAACAUUGUCCGAAACAUUGCCCCGAACACGUUACUAACAUAGCAGAAACAUGUUUCUGAAUAAGCCACGCCAACAUUUUCAAAGCAAUAAUUGAUGACAUUGGUCGAGGCAAACACUCUAAGUCUACAUACACCAAGUCAAGUCAUACGCAGGUUUGUGGGAGGAGACACGGCCGAAGCGUUGUUUAUGCGUGACACUGCUUGGAGCCAAACUAGGGAAUGUAGAAACAGGGAUUUAGAGAAAACGAGUAAAGGCGGACUAAUUUAAAUCAAUCACUUCAACAUGUCCUCCUUCACACCACAGACCGCCGUUUGUAGUCAUUGAAAUUACAGUCACGCAAUAUCACAAUAAAAAGACAUUUUUUUGUCAGUGGCUUGCCUGAACGCGCUGUGAAAGAAGGCGAGAAUGUACAUCCAGAGUGCACAUACGGCCCCAACUUUAGUUACCCUUGAACUGGCGUGUAUUUUUUUUUUUUUUUUUUUUGGCUCCAAGAGACGUCAUCCCGCUGCUCCGCCCCAAAACCGCCUCCUGCGCGUACCGGUCGCAGUUUUGAAGCAGAGUGACUUGACUUGGUAUAUAUAGACUUAGGCAAACACUAUAACACAAAUCCUUACCCGCCAGCGUUGUGAUGAGCGCUGCUACAGACACGUGUCCGCGUGGAGGGUAAGUCGGCAGUGAACAUGUUAUAAUGUUUUCCCCGAACAACGC